ACUUUGGACCUGCGAGUCCCAGCCGCCGUGUCCUCCGCGCGCUGCACAGACCUCCCGAGGCCGCCGCCGCCGCCGCUGAGCAUGAAGAUCGACUUCGCCCCUCGCUCGCUCCCCUUGGAGAGGAGGCUGCAGACCGCCGCGGUCCUCCAGUGGGUCUUCUCGUUCCUCGCGCUGGCCCAGACCUGCAUCAUCAUCUUCAUCGCUCUCCUCUUCACCCGAUUCUGGAUUAUCAGUGUCUUGUACGGAGUCUACUGGUUUUAUGAUUGGGACACCCCCAGCCAAGGCGGGAGAAGAAGCCACUUCCUCAGGAGCAGCGUGGUCUGGAGAUACAUGAGAGAUUAUUUCCCAAUCACACUGGUGAAAACCGCCGACUUGGACCCGCAGCAGAACUAUAUAUUUGGCUCGCACCCCCACGGGGUUCUGAUAGCCGGGGGAUUCACCAAUUUUUGCACAGAGGCGACGGGAUUUCAUGAACUUUUCCCCGGAAUCACUCCGUAUCUCCUGAUGCUUCCGCUCUGGUUCCGAGCUCCGUUUUUCAGGGAUUAUAUUAUGAGCGGGGGUCUCAUUCCAUCAGAUCGAGAAAGCGCGGCUUAUUUACUACAGAAUAAACAGAAGGGAAAUGCCGUUAUAAUCGCGGUGGGCGGGGCUCCAGAAUCAUUGGAUGCCCGACCCGGAGCUUACACUCUACUGCUGAAAAACAGAAAGGGAUUUGUCAAACUCGCGAUACAACACGGUGCGUCUCUCGUCCCCGUUUUUUCUUUUGGGGAAAACGAACUCUUCGACCAGGUGGACAACCCGAAGGGCUCGUGGCUCCGAUUCAUACAGGAGAAGCUCCAGAAAGCCAUGGGGGUGGCGCUGCCGCUGUUCCACGCUCGCGGGGUCUUUCAGUACAGCUUCGGUCUCUUACCCUACAGAAAGCCCAUAUGGACCGUAGUUGGAAAGCCCAUUAAAGUCGUCGAAAAUUCCAACCCGUCGGCUGAAGAGAUUGAUCGGAUGCACCAGACGUACAUGGAGGAGCUCUGCAAACUGUUCGAAGAGCACAAAACCAAAUACAACGUCCCGGCCGACAAGCACCUGACCUUUAUCUGAAGGACCCGCGCUCGGAAUAAGGACUUUGAAUAUCACACGGACCCCCGGCUUAUCAGAUCUCAUAUUGCUGGCAUACAACAAAUCUAGAACGUGAUUCUGAUGUAAUUGUUAUUGUUUACACCAUUCAGACAUUCCAAUAAAUACAGGUUUUUUUGUUUUUUUUUUAUCUUAGAAUUGAAUAUAUAAUU